AUGGAUACGAAAAGAGCAAACAUGAUAGAAUACGGAAUUAUGAAUGAAAACACAAGAAAGCUAUUGUCGAAGGACGACAGUGCCAAUCAGACCGCAAAAACGGAAGGUGUCUACGACCUGGUGAUGGCAAAAGUAUAUAAGGAGCAAAAAAUGAAACUUGGAAAAAUUCUCAACGAUCACGGUCCCUACGCACCGUAUGACAUGAAGAGCAGAUUCGAGUACACAAUAACCCUUCCAAAAGCUGACAAGAUUAUGAUUGCACAGGCAAACGAGAAGGUGGAAGGAUAUACAUUGAAGAACAUACACCUGGAAUACGAAACCAUCGAGAACGAAGAACUAGCCGAACGGGUAAACGAGGGAUACGAGACCGGUAGAUCUCUGUCCUACGAACAUGCAACACUGUUGAAGACAACCGUAUGGGCAAAAGAUGCUACAAGGUUUAACGAGAGUAUAGACGUCCCAAGGGAGAGCAUGAGAGCUCUCGUUCUGCUUUUCAGAAAAAGAACGGUAACCGACAGCGAGGAAUACGUCUACCCAAACAUUGAAAAGGUAAAGGUUACGAUAGAGGGGAAACCGAAUGCUGUAUACAGUCAAGGUCUAAGAUAUGAAAACUUUUACGACGAGGCGAAAAGACUGUUCGGAAUACCCAACAACACCUGUAAUGACGACCUAAGCGUCAGGAAAUUCUACAGGGACAAGUUCGCACUGGUGGUUGAUCUAAGAGCUGUUGAUGACAGUCACACUGUUGGAAGUGGAAAAAAGAUUCUUGGUGACAAUCCAGGAAUUCUUCUGGAGAUUACAUCCGAUGCGAUGACCGAAGACAUCCUCUGCAACAUCUUUGUGCUAUCCGAUGGACUCAUAAACAUCAGUGAAAAGACCCUUCAAGGUAUUAAUUAUUAAAUAAAAGAUGGAACCGCUGAAAACACCAUUCAACAUGAUCAUUCUUGGAAUGACCGGAUGUGGAAAAACCUACUACCUACUGGAAAUGUUGGAGAACGACUACAAAAACCACUUCGAGUACAUAUUUCUGAUAUGUCCCACAUAUAAAUGGAAUAGAACGUAUCAGGAUUGGAAAUACAAUAAGGAUAAGGACUUUAUAGUCAUGCCCUGCAAACAAGAUGAUGUAAAUCAAUGCUUAGAAUACAUUUCACAGUUUGCAGAAGGAACAAACAGCCUUAUCGUUCUUGAUGACUGUGCAAGUAGUCAAUCCGUCAAAAACAGGACUAGCGAAUUGGUAAAACUUGGGUUCAGCGCCAGACAUAUGGGAAUAUCAACCAUUGUCAUUACCCAGCAGCUCACAUCCGUUGCGAAACCCUAUAGAGAAAACAUAUCCAAACUCGUAACCUUUUACAACCCGAGCGCAAAAGAUACAAACAUCAUAAUGGAUGACUACCUCGCAAAUACGGAAAAAGAGGAAAGGAAGGAAAUCACCAGUACGCUAAAAAACAACGAUUACGCCAGACUGGGAAUACUAUUACGCCGACCCUAUACCCACAAAACAAUUAUUCCGCAUAUUAAAUAAAGGAAAUGGAAACCAUAUUCGAAUCUGUAGAACCCGAGACGACUGAAACAUCUGUUGCAAGCGAUCUAAGGGAAAAUCUACUGAAGCUGACCGAUGCGGGCGAAAUCAAGUACACCUCAAAAUAUAUCAAGAAGGCAUCUGAAAAGACGCUGGAAAACAUAUACAAAGACUAUGAAAGACAACAGCUGGAAAACACAAACAAUCAACUGACCGACGUUAUCAUCACCAAGUUCUCUGAACUCAUGGAAGCGCUGGAUGCUGUUAAGGAUUCUGAAGGAAUGAAAAAAGAACUGGAGGAGAACAGUCUGCUCAGAAAAGAUAUAAAAAACCUCGUCAGUUAUGUAACACCAUACAUCCCACUCAUCGGAAUACUAAGUGGUGGAAUCACUGUCGGAAAGCACGUGAUCAGCUCGAAG